AUGGUUUGGUCACAAUUAGAGUUAACGGACCCCCAUAUAGCUUAUGCUUGUGUUGGGAUAUUUAGUACGUUAUUUUCAUUGGUAUCAUUAUUUGUCAAGGAAAAAUUAUAUAUAGGUGAAGCAACCGUUGCAACUAUAGCAGGAUUAAUCCUAGGGCCCCAUUGUCUAAAUUGGUUUGACCCAUUAUCUUGGGGGAACAGUGAAAUUAUUACUUUGGAAAUCAGUAGAAUUGUUUUAUGUGUGCAAAUUGUUGCUGUGGCGGUAGAAUUACCUAGAAAGUAUAUGAAGAAACAUUGGUUAUCAGUAGCUAUAUUUUUAUUACCAGUGAUGACAGCUGGAUGGUUAAUUGUAGGAUUAUUUAUAUGGGUAUUGAUUCCACAUUUCACUUUUGGUCAAGCUUUAUUGGUAAGUGCAUGUGUUACAGCCACUGAUCCUGUUUUAGCUGCUGCUGUUGUAGGUAAAGGGAAGUUCGCCGAAAGAGUUCCUGGUCAUUUAAGGAAUUUAUUAUCUGCCGAAUCUGGGUGUAAUGAUGGGAUGGCAUUCCCUUUUAUUUUCUUAGCAUUGAAUAUUUUAAUCCAUCCCGGACAUUCAGGUGAAAUCGUUAAAGAAUGGUUCUUGAUAACUAUCUUAUACCAAUGUUUCUUUGGUAUAAUCUUAGGUGUUGUUAUCGGAUUUGUAUUAAGAAAGUUAGUUGCAUUCGCUGAAAAGAAGAAUUUGAUCGAUAGAGAAUCUUUCUUAGCUUUCUUCAUAUUCUUAGCCUUUAAUUCAGCUGGUUUAGGAUCAGUUUUAGGGGUUGAUGAUUUAUUGGUUUCAUUUGCUGCUGGAACCGCUUUUGGAUGGAAUGGAGAUUUUGCCAGAAAGACAGAAGAAUCUCAUGUUUCUACCGUUAUAGAUUUAAUUAUUAAUUUAGCAUUUUUCGUUUAUUUUGGUGCCAUUAUUCCAUGGGAAGAUUUCAAUAAUGGGAUUUAUGGAUUAAAUAUCUGGAGAUUAAUUGUUCUUGCCUUUGUUGUUAUCUUUUUAAGAAGACUCCCUGCAGUUGUAGCAUUGAAACCUUUCACUCCUGAUUUAAAAUCUUGGAGGGAAGCAUUUUUCUGUGGUCAUUUUGGUCCUAUUGGUGUUGGAGCAAUUUUCGCCGUCAUUUUAGCCAGAAGGGAUUUGGAAGAACAUUAUCAUAUUGAAUCUGUUGGAUUAGAUGAAGAAGCUAAAGAAUCAUAUCCUCAUUAUCAUUUAUUGAAUGCUUUAUGGCCCAUUGUGAAUUUUAUUGUCAUCACAUCAAUUGUAGUUCAUGGUUCAUCAGUAGCUGUGUUAACUUUAGGUAAAAGAUUGAAUAGAAUGGCCAUUACUAUGUCAUUCAGUACACAAAAUGAACAAAGUGGUAAUUGGUUAUCACGUUUACAAAAAUUGGAAAGAACUACUACUUCAUUCUCAUUACAUAGAGUUGAUAGUGCUGCUACAACAUUGAACGAUAAUGGAGUACCGUUAGGUAAAAAUGAAACUAUCGAAACUAGUGGUCUCAAAUAUAGACCAGCUGGUGGAGCUAAACGUAAAAAGAGAAGUAAAAGAAAGAAUAAAGGUCCAGGUAAACUUAUGCAAACCUUGUCAAGAUCUCAUACUCAUGAUGAAGAAUUGAAAGAUGAACGUAGACAAAGACCGGCUUCUCAAUUCUUACAAUUAGGUUCUCCUAUUAAUCCUACUAUCAGUAAGGAAGAUACCCAACCUGAUUUUGAUACCCAAUCACCCUCAUCAAGUGAACAAACGGAUGAAAAAGUUAAUAAUGGUACAACAGCUUUCCAAGAAGGUGAUAAGAUCAUUAUUGAAGAUUCUAAUGGUGAAAUCAUCGAAACUUUGCCUAUUGAAGAAGUUAAACAACCUCAUAAACAUACACCGGCAGAACUUGAAGACAAUUUAAGUCUUCAUUCCAUGACGUCUUUAAACCGUCAUUUAACUCAAUAUUCUUCUGCUUCUAACCAUAGUGGAAGAGUUUCUGAUGAUAAACAAUCGAUUACUACCAACAGUCGUAAAGCUUAUUAUAAGAAAGAUGAUCCAAGUCAACGUAAAGUUUAUGCUCAUCAAAUUGAUGAUUUGAUUUUAAUUGAAAAUGAAGAAGGUGAGAUCAUUAGACGUUAUAAAGUCAAUCGUCAUGCUAAAAGAGGUAGAUCUGAUUCAGUUAUGGAUAAGGCCUUAUCAUUUGUUGGGAUUAAAAGGUCAGCCAAACCUGAUUUGGAAAGUAAUAAGCCGGUAUUAACUCCAGAAUAUGAUGGAGGUGAUCCUCAUUUGAAUAAUAAGAAGAUUGAACAGAAAUUAGAGACCCAUCUUAAUAAUACUUUAAUUAGUCAAGAUAGAAACACAGUUCAAUUACCAAUUCCUACCAUUAAAGAACACCAUAUUGAUGAUCAUUAUGAUGAAGAUGAUGAUGAAGAAGAUGAUGAUGAUGAAGAAUACGAUUCAGAUGCUACUGAAGAUUCAGAUGCUUCGUUAGAUUCAGAUAUCCAAGAAACUGCAGUUGAAAGAUCUAGACGUUUAGCUGCCUUGGGACAUACCACUAUGGAAAGAGAUGAUGAUGAUGAAGAAGAAUAA